AAUCAAAUUUUGGAAUUUCCAAUGAACUCGCAAUUCACAGGGGUUGCUCGUCCGCCAUGGAUUCCGGUUCUACGUCCGGUGAAUCUACCGACCAGCGGAUUUUGGAACACUGCGAACGUAGGGGAUUGUUUAAAGGAGCUGCGCGAUACCAUAGCCCUCGCAAAAGCUGUGGAAGAAGAGCUAGAGGCAUUGGUUAAGAUUAAGAGCGGCGGAGAGUCUUCUGCUGAGGAUUCAUCGCUGCUCUCUAAGUUUCAGGACGAUAACAGAAUAAAUUUAGCUACGCAAGACCCACUCGGAGUGGAAGCUUCCCAAGCUCUGAUUAGAAAUCUAAGAGCUCAACUUGAGCCUUUUAGAGUUAAUACCGAUGAUGCAAGUGGUGGGUGGGAGGUAAAAUCUGCUGCAGUGAGAUUUGCUAAUAAAAUGCACAAAUGGAAAAGAAACAAAAGAUGGAGGAAGAAAAAGAAGAUUCGAAUUGCUGAAGAUGUCAAGAAGGAGCGUGAACGGUUUGACCAAGCAGAUCAAGAAGCUGAUGAAUGGAGAGCGAGGGAGAUUGCAAAUGAUAUAGCUAGACGAAAGGUUGAGAAAAUGAAGGAAAUUGCAAAACUUAAAGCAAAAGAAGAGAAGAAAAAGCUAGAGUCAGAGCUUGAGCUUGUAUUAAUUGUUGAAAAGCUUCAAGAACUGCGUUCCAUCAGGAUCCAACGUUUGACAAAACAAGGUCAUUUUCUCCCUGAGGAAGAUGACAAAUUCCUUGAAAGAGUUCGAGCUGCAGUUGAGGAAGAAGAACGUCAAGCUAAAGCUGCAACUGACACAGAAGCUGCUAAAGAUGCAAUUGCAACUGCUGAGGAAACAAGAAAAAUCACUGAAGGGCAUGGUUCUGAAUUAGAACAUAACAGUAUUUAUGAUGGUAUCGCGAGUAAGCAUCUGGACACGAAUGUGAGUGAAAAUAAAAAUGUAUCAUGUGCUGUCAAGCCUGUCAUUGAAGAUCAAUCAGUAAAGCAAAGACCAGAGGGACAUAGUUACGGUGGAACAUAUGGAUCGAAUGCAAAUUUGCCGGUUGAGUUUUAUCAUUAUUAUCAUGGCAGCAAUACUGAUAUAGGGACUCUGAUUGAGGUUAGACGAACAUGGGAUGCAUAUAUAAGACCAGGUGGAAGCCGAAUACCAGGGCAUUUUGUUCAACCACCAGCUCCGACGGAUGAAAUAUGGGCAUCCUAUGUGGUAAAGCCUAAAUGAAAGGUACUUGCAUACAAAAUUAACAGGAAAUGAAGUUUGUGGUUGUGGAUAUUGUUGGUUUGUCUGUAAGUUCGUAUAAUGAGAAGAUGAGAGCACGAAAAUGUGGCCGAGACAUGAAUGAUCCAUUCCUUGCAGAUGAAGGAGCUACAACCUGUUACAAACUGAACCUAUAAAACUUUUUCAAUUUGGUCAUUGAAGCUAUUAUAUCUUAAUAAUAUCUAAGUGUAAGUUAUUAGAACCAUUAUUGAUGUUUUCUAUUUGACACUUCAUAUUUUA